AUGCGUGUCAAAACCGACUUCAAAGCCUUUCGCGAUCAGAGGAAGAAGUCUGCGAAGAGGCAGGCCACUAGAUGCUCUGACAUCGACUCUGAAAUACUCGCUAUCCUUCCGGAAAAGAGCAUAGUUGAUACGCAGGCGGCUCUCUACUUCCAGACGUGGGAAACAAGUUAUAAAAUCCUGCACGGGCCGUCGUUCUGGGAGGAUUAUCGAAAUUACUGGGAAUCAGAUCGGGACGGAAAGGGACCGGUGAGCUUCGCCGUCUUGCUCGUCUUGCUCGUCGCAGCCACGAAGUGCCUUAACCCGAAAGAUGAUGUGUUUGUUGGUGACACGACUGCCGACAGGCAAGCGGCUCACGAGCUUAUUAAUUUAUGCGACAGCUGGAUCGCUGAUCAGCCGCGCAAGCGGGUUACUUUAGCUUUGUUCCAGCUACAGUGCCUGUCGUUACUCGCGAAGCGUGUUAAUUGCGUGCGCCUGAAGCAAGACUGGGUCGCAUCGGGUGACCUACUGCGACUCUCCCUUGCAUCUGGUCUACACCGUGAUCCCUCUCUGCUCGGACAUGGUACGAUGACAGCUUUCGAUGAGCAAAUGAGGAAGCGUCUGUGGAUUACCGUCAUGGAGCUGGAGCUCCAGUCUUCCGUUGAGAGUGGCAUUCAAUCUUCGCUCUCCGGACUAUACUGGGACUCGCCUAUCCCUGAUAAUCUUGGCGAUGAAUCCUUUUCGCCAGAUAUGCAGCACAUGCCGGCGUCCGACGAGAACUUCACAUCAGCUUCGUACCUCAUCGCAACUACAAAGUCACUUCCACUCCGUAUCCAUUUGACGCAAGUGUUAAACACCCCUUCCAGUGCUCUCGAUUACGACGACGUGCUGCACUACGAUGCACGGAUCCGCUCUGCAUUGGCCGCACUACCCGUCUGGAACGAUGAUCGCGCACUCGUACCUUCCGCACUCCUCCAGUUGCAGUUGCGACAAUUGUCUACCACAACUGCACUCUUCGAAAAGUAA